AUGGCACCAGUAUUAGGAGAUGUUGUUCAUUCUGAUACAAGUCUCUCUGAUUUGAAUGAACAUUCCAAUAAAAUGACAAUUAGUAGUCUUAUUACAAGUACGCCAAAUAGAAUUCCUUUUGGUAAAUAUAUAUUUAGAAGACUACAGUCAUGUGGUACUAAAUCUGUAUUUGGUGUACCUGGUGAUUAUAAUUUAAAUCUUUUAGAACAAAUGUAUGAUGAGGAGGAUUCGAUUACUCCUAAUGAAAUUCAGUGGAUAGGUUGUUGUAAUGAAUUGAACGCGGCAUAUGCUGCCGAUGGAUACUCUAGAUACACUAAUAAGAUUGGUUGUUUGAUAACCACAUAUGGUGUUGGCGAAUUAAGCGCUAUCAAUGGUAUCGCAGGUGCCUUCACAGAAAAUGUAAAAUUACUACAUAUAGUAGGUGUCGUUUCGCAGGAUAAAAUGAAAAGCGGCAGAAAUUUUCAUCAUUUGAUUCCAAACAAAGAGAACGCUAACUUGCAAGCUCCAAACUAUCAAAUAUGUAAAGACAUGAUUGAUAAUAAAAUUUCCUGUAGCACAAAAUUUUUGGAUAAUAUUGCAACUGCCUGUGAUGACUUUGAUGAUUUAUUGAGGGACAUUUUUAAAAAUUCUAAGCCUGGAUUUUUAUUUAUUCCAGAAGAAUUUUCUAAUUUAAUGGUAAGUGAUGCUAAUUUAUUUUUGGUUCCAAAAAUAACUCUUGAAGAUUCUAUUAUCCCUUCUCCAAUCUCAUAUGACUCCAUUGAUAGACUUACCCAAAUUACUAAAGACCUGAUUUAUCAAAGUAAGAGACCAGCAAUUAUUGGUGAUAUAUUGGUCGAUAGGUUUGGUGGAACAACAAUAUUAAAUGAAUUGAUUCAAAACACAGGGAUAUGGAAUUUUUCUACCAUUAUGGGUAAAUCAAUAAUAAAUGAAGCUAAUGAAAAUUAUAUUGGUCUUUUUAGUGGUGACGAUGGGAAGCAAGAAGUAAAUGAUAAAAUUAGACAAUGCGAUUUAAUAUUGCACUUUGGUAUUGAUACUAAUGAAGUCAAUUCUGGUGUGUAUACUCUAGAAAAUUAUUACCCUAAAAAUGCUAAAAUUAUUGAAUUUCAUUCAAAUUAUAUCAAGAUUAAAGAUAAUUCCACUAGCAGAGUUGACCUGUAUAAAAAUUUAAAUUUUAUUCAUGUAUUGAAAAGACUGAAUAAAAUACUUGAUACAUCAAAAUUACUAUUUGACUAUCCAUAUAUUUCCAAGAAUAUACAAACUGAAUGCAGUGACGAUGAAAAGAGUAACAAAGUCAUAACACAAGAUUAUAUUAAGGAUGCAAUAUUAAAACUUUUAAAUCCUGGUGAUAUUUUACUGUGUGACACCGGCACAUUCCAAUUUUCCGUUCGUGAUUACCAGUUGCCGCCACAAGUUAAAUAUAUAUCACAAAGUUUUUACUUAUCAAUUGGUAUGGCGUUACCUGCAUCACUAGGUGUUGGUAUUGGUAUGAAAGAUUAUCCAAAUAUUCAUAUAAAACCAGAUGACAGCAUAAUAAAGACUCAACCAAAAUUGAUUUUAUGUGAAGGAGAUGGUGCUGCACAGAUGACUAUUCAGGAAAUAUCCACAUUGAUUAGAUAUAAAAUUCCAAUUAGUAUAUUUUUAUGGAAUAAUGAUGGAUAUACAAUUGAAAGGGCUAUUAGAGGACCUACAAGAGAUUAUAAUGAUAUUCAACCAUGGAAUUGGACCAUGUUAAUUAAAUCCUUUGAAACUAAUAUAAAAUCAUUUAUUAAGACAUAUAAAGUUACAGAACAACAAGAAUUUAAAAAUUUAUUGACAAAAAUUAAACAAAAUAAUUUCAAUGAAGAUAGUUUAAAUUUUAUCGAAGUUCAAUUAGGUAGGCUUGAUGUUCCACAUAUUUUACAAGAUUUCAUGGAUAGAAUGAAGAAAAGGGCAACUGCAAAAGCGCUUUCAGAUUAA